AUGGCUGAAGAACUGGAAGAGGUACCUUGUACCUUCCAGAGCUGCAGACUAAUCUUUAAGUCCGUCAGCGAGAUGCAACACCAUAAAGCCAAUGCGGACAGACAUUCUUACUGCAUGAAAUGUGACCUCGACUUCCAGUCUCAGCAGACCCUUCAUCUGCACAAGAUUAUGAGCGACCGUCAUUUUGCUUGCCCGGAAUGCUGUCUCGAGCUUCGCAGCGAGGCUGGUCUGGAAGUUCACAUGAGAAACAAUCACCACGAGGGUCAUGAAGUCGCUUGCAUGGGCUGCGGUUGCAAGUACAAGUCUGCUUCUGCAGUCAUCAAACACAUCGAAGACAAGGAAUGCCCUGUCCUUACCCUGCCAGACAAAGCCCGCGACGGUGUCAACUAUAAUCUUCACGGCGCAGCAAGUGUUUUGACCAUGGGCAGGGAUUCUCCUGGACGUCAGUCUCCGCCUUCUGAUACCUCCAGUGAGGACCCGGAUGCGGAUGGUGGCGUUCUGCUGGACCUCUCCACACCUCGUAUGGAAGGGAAGCGCCCUGCUCGCGAUACCAAUAAUGCAACCAUUCCUCAUGACAACUGGCCUGAGCUAGGCGCUCCAAUGACCCCAGUCAAAGGAAAACCAGGAAGUAGCUCCACUGAGUCACCCGGAGGUGUCCUCCUCGAUGAUAUUUUCGGUACCUCAACGCGCCACCAUAGUCCUUUCCUGGCUCCUCACGGAGCUACUGAGCUGUCGAUUGAGGCAGGAUCCUCUGGAUCUUCUCUGGUUGUCCAAGAAGCAGGCCCUUCUCGCUGCGUUGUUCCCACUAGUUGCCGAGCCACAGCUCACCGCACGAUCCAAGGUGUGGACCCUGAGAGCUUCUGGAAUCAGGAGAAACGUCGCUACUAUUGCAACUGCGGUUCGUCUUUCUUGUACGCUACCACCUUCGAGUACCAUCUCACGAUGGAGGAUGAAACGAUCAACGAUUGCCCUCGAUGCUUCAAACGGUUCAGGACCCUCGCUGCACUCGUCGCACACAUGGAGGCUCGAUACUCUAAGUGUGCUUUCCGUGUGACAACUGGUCAAAUUGAACAGGAACUCAGUGAAGUUACUCGUGGCUUUGCCGAUAUCCCGCGUAUGAUUGGUGACGAAACGGAGCCGGGGGAGAUCGCUUUCGAUGUGAGUAGCCAGCCCGAGCACAAUACUCCCGGGUCUUCGGAUGCAGACGUCGCGUCCUUGAGCGCAGAUGAUGUCUCUUCAAACGCAGUCGCCAUCUCUUCGAAUUCGGAUGAUGUCUCUUCGAAUGCAGAUGACGUCUCUUCGGAUGCAGAGGCUGUAUCCUCCAUCGCGGGGGGCGUGUCUUCCAACGCGGAGCCCGUCUCUUCGAAUGCAGAUGAAGUCUCUUCGAAUGAAGAUGAUAUCUCUUCGGAUGGAGAGACUGUAUCUUCCAACGCGGGGCCCAUCUCCUCGAAUGCAGAUAAUGUCUCUUCAAAUGCAGGGGCUGUAUCUUCCAGCGCCGGGGUCGUGUCUUCUAACGUAGAGGUCGUUCCCUCAAAACUGGAAUCCCUAGUGGAUGAUUUGAACGGACUUGUCUUUUCUGAUCCACACGACAAAGACGAAGAGGAAGAGCUUUGA